CAUCUCUCUCGUCUUUAUUCGCUGAAGCGGACAAAGAAAACCGGCUCGAUUCUCUUCUCUGAGCUCAACAAGACGAGCAAGGGCGGGGAUGGAGAGAAAGUGACCAGGGCGUGACGAGCUUUAGAACCAUGCACGGGACAACCUCGGAUGGAGGACGAGGUGCGGGCGCUGAUGCGGGCAACAGCAGCACCAGCAAUAGCGUCGGCAAGAGUCGCAAAACCGACGAGCAAGAGGACGAGGAAAACAGCGGAGACCUUGGCCUCCAAGGAUUUUCUUCGUCUUCGGCAUCGGCGGCGUUUGACGAUGGCGGCGCCUCCGCGCUGACUCCAACGUUGCCCAGGGCUGAUGAGGGACGAGCGGCGAUGAUGAGACGUAGCAAGGCCGUGGAAGGGGUCCACUCAGCAGGCAGAGAGAGUCUGUCGAGCAUCUCAUCCUCGGCUUACUUUUCGGCUGCCGACGAGGGCAAGGAGGCCUCUUCAAGAGGUGACGAGUCCGUCGUUUCGCAGUCGGUCGCAGCGCCUGCAAGCAAUGAGAAGUCCGCACCUCAGAUGCUGUCAAAGGGCAAGUCUAAAGAAGAAGUUCCGCAAGGAGAGACCGAGGUGACCGGGACGCGCAACUCCAAGUCGAAGGGCAAGAGAAGAAAAUCAAGCACGACGAAGCUGACAAAGCUUCGCGAGGAGCUGGCGGGGCCGCCGUCAGAGCGGCCAGCGGCGGGCACUGAGGGCGGGCCACCUCUUUCGCCUCGAUCAGCCUCCGCUCUCUCCAAGGAGAGGGAAUUGGGCGAGCAGGCGAGACACGACAGCAAUGGUGGAGGCGAUCUAGCGGCUUUCUCCGCUGCAUCGACGAUGGCGAUGCCCUCGAUGGGCAUGGGUGGAAGCAGCCCCGUGCAGCUAUCUGCAGCCUUGCCACGCUCUCGACAGGCUUCGACGUCCUCUCUUGGAACUGAAGCUGCUUCUUCAUCGCCGGGACAAGGGGGAAGGACGUCGCUGACCAACAAGACGCGACGGCCAGGUGCGCCGAACACCCAGGGAGGCCCAGACUCGCCCAUUCCUCUGAUGCAGCCUUUUUCCGCACUGGGCAUCGCCGAUGAUGAACCCCCUUCCCCUUCGACGUCCAAAGCUCAGACCUCAACACUUUUGGAGGCAGUCACGGCCCCGCUCUCGGACGAGGCGGCCCUCCAGCGUUGGGUCCUCAGCGUUGGCUGCGUCACCUUCGACCUGGAGAGAGGCCCUGAACUAGAGUUUCUCUAUCCGAGCCUAGGUAUCAGCAGAGAGGAGAGGGACAACAUCGCUUUCUCUUCGUUCCCCGACACGUCCAUCUUCGACAAUGGCUCUUGUGUCUUUUCAUGGCGAGUGAGAGAGGUGCCAUUGGAUCCAGUCGAAGCGGCACAGUCGUCCUCUUCAACAUCGUCGAGUGCAACAAUGCCCCCACCCAGCAUACCCAUAUCUCCCGAGGAGACAAGCCCCAAAACAAAGACGGUUCCAUUGGACUCGGUCUCGACAAAGAAGAUGCCCAGUGAACAAAGUGGAGGAGCGCACCACAGGCUUUGGAGGAGCUCGGGGCUGAGGGAGGCGUCGUCCGGCCAGGCGCGAUCUUCAGCUGCAUCGUCGAGGAGCUCCUCCCCCCUGCCUUCGAAAGGUUUUGCGACCGAGCGGCAAAACAGUCUCGGCGCCACCUCGAAUAGCUCGGUGGAGGGGGAGAAGCAAACAGCAUAUGCGUCGAGCCAGCCAACACAAGACGAUGCCGUUCCCUUGACGGUUGCAGUUGGCGCGAAACGGAGCAGCAGUCAGAGCAGCAACUACAUAUACGGGUACUGCUUCUUCAGACAGAAGCGGGAUCCGAGCAUCAGGAGAGGCUACUUCCAGAAGUCCGUCGUUAUCCUUACCCAUCUCCCUUACGUCGCUUUUUUCUCUCAGAUCGUCUCGCGCCUUGGCCCGUUAUACUUUGAGCACGGCAUGCCCAUGCUGGAGGCCUUUUGCAAUGACGUCCGCCAAUGGCCCUCGCCCGAACCUGGAGCGACUUUGCGCUUGCCUCUGCUCGGUGCGUUCAUCACCGUGGCCCUGCCCUAUGGCAGUCAGCCGCAAACGAGCAAUGCGGCCGAGUCUAAGCUACCUCCCUCGACGAGCGCUGCCGGCAGACCCAAUAGCUUCCUCAUCGCUCGCGGCAGCAGUAGGCGAGCUUCUGCUUCGAGGCUCGACUCAUCCUCGCUCAGUAAUGACGAUCCUAUCGUCGCCUCGAUCCCGUCGACACCGCUCGUUGAGACGUUUCGCGAGGCGCUGGGGGAUCUGUGGGUACUUUGGGAGUGCAUGCUUCUCGCAGAGCCGAUUCUUGUCGUUGGGCCCGACCCUAGUACUUGCUCGGAAGCCGUCUGGCAGCUACUCGACCUCAUCCGGCCGAUCCCCUUUGCUGGUGAUUGGCGGCCGUUCUUCACCAUCCACGACUUUGACUUCAAGACACUCAUCACACGCAACAAGCCGGCCGCUGGUACCAUCCUGGGUGUCACAAAUCCGCAUAUGCUCAUGGCAUGCUCGCACUGGCCACAUGUCCUGAGAGUGGGGAGAACGCAGGUACGCAAAGGCCAAAGCCAGCAUUUCGGCCACCAUCACUCCAUGUCUUCGGCUGGCAAGAAAGGGGGCAUCGCUGCGCCUGCAGGUGGCGGCGGUAUCGCAGGUGGUAAUUCGGCGGGUGGCGGUGGUCCCGAGCACGUAGCCGGCUUCACAUCAAAGCGACGAAGGCGCAUCAGCAAGGACCGACCUUUGCUCCGUCGUCUGACGGAGAUGGCAGAGAAGAGGACAGACGACGUAGCAGCAAAUGCUAUGCUGCGACGGUACUUUUCCGAUUUGACCGAAAGGUUUCUGGCGCCCUUGAAUCGAUACGUUUCCUCUCUGAUACCAGCCGACUUCGACCUGAGUAGCCCAACAGAGACGCCAAAGAUCAAGCCCUUUAGCACGACAGCAUUUCUGGCAAGCCUUAAGGCGCAUGGAACGCCGCUCCCAAUGAAGAGUCGCAACCUGCCGACCGGUUCUUCCGUCAGGCAGAGCCUUUACCUCGAUUUCAUCCAGUGUCCCAACUUCAGCCUCUGGCUCCGCGACCAUAUUUGCCAGGCAGAAGAGGAGCAAUGGAGGAGGAAGAUUGCCGCAUUGGAACAGGGCGAUGUGACGUCGUUUGCAAAGACGAAGGGCGAGAUUGAGACGAUCGACCUCUACUCGAGACUUGUCGAAGAGAUUCGACUCGUCGAUCUUAGACUUACUAUCCCGCCAGAACCAGGUCCAGGAAGCCGGUGGAGGACAGACAAGGUGGCGACUCAAUCACGCGACGCAAAGCAUACAUUGAGCAAGUCUAACUCGUCCACGGCGACUCUUGGCAAGGGGAGCGGGACGCUCGUGUCAGGGGAAAGGAACUUGCUAGCCAAGAGGGCCAAAUUGAUUGAACAGCUCGACAAGCUCGUCAAGACUCUGCCAGAGGACCUGCGCAACACGCUGCAGCUCAAGACGGAGGCGGCAGCCGCAACAGCAGCUUCGUCGUCUAGCCCCUUACCAUCGGCUCAUGCCGGUCCAACGUCCUCCUCGUCUUCCUCCUCAUCGAACAACAAGCCGGCUGUCCGGCAGGACGACUGAUCCUGCUCCCUAUGAUACCUUUCUGUCUUCUUCAUCCCUUCAUUUUGUUGUUUUUCUCAUCAGUGGCAUCUUACAGUCGCUUCAAUGCAAACUUCAAGUGAGAAUCGUCCAG